GUAGGUCCGCGUUCGAGCCACCCCGUCGUGCGCACUGGUUUGAAUGUGGCUUGGAAUAUAAAAAGCAAGCCGUCGUGUUGCUGUCCCUCCCUCUCUGACUCUGUCCGUCGGCUAGGCUGCCGCAGCGUUCAACCUGCCCGGAACAAACCACCAGAAAACAACCAUGUCCGAGAAACUUCCCUUCAAAGUUGCUGACAUCAGCCUGGCCGAAUGGGGGCGCAAGGCCAUUGAAAUCGCGGAGAACGAGAUGCCCGGUCUGAUGAAGAUGAGGGAGCUGUACGGUCAGUCCAAGCCGCUGAAGGGCGCCCGUAUCGCCGGCUGCCUCCACAUGACCCUGCAGACCGCCGUGCUCAUCGAGACCCUCACCGCCCUCGGGGCUGAGGUUCAGUGGUCGAGUUGCAACAUCUUCUCCACUCAGGAUCACGCUGCUGCCGCCAUCGCCAAGACUGGCGUUCCAGUGUAUGCGUGGAAAGGCGAGACCGAUGAGGAGUACGUGUGGUGCAUCGAACAGACUCUGUACUUCAAGGACGGCCAGCCCCUCAACAUGAUCCUGGACGAUGGAGGAGACCUCACCAACAUGGUCCACCAGAAGUAUCCCAAACUGCUGGCAGGUAUCCGGGGCGUGUCAGAGGAGACCACUACAGGUGUCCACAACCUGUAUAAGAUGUUGAAAAAGGGCGAGCUCAAAUUUCCCGCCAUUAACGUCAACGACUCUGUCACAAAGAGUAAGUUUGACAACUUAUACGGCUGCAGGGAGAGCCUGAUCGACGGUAUCAAGAGAGCCACCGAUGUGAUGAUUGCCGGUAAAGUUGCCGUGGUGGCGGGCUACGGUGAUGUAGGUAAAGGCUGCGUCCAGGCUCUGCGUGGGUUCGGCGCUCGCGUCAUCAUCACAGAGAUCGACCCCAUCAACGCCCUGCAGGCUGCCAUGGAAGGUUAUGAGGUUACUACCAUGGAUGAGGCUUCUAAGGAAGGAAACAUCUUUGUCACCACCACUGGAUGUGAGGACAUUAUCUUGGGACGUCACUUUGAGAACAUGAAGGAUGACUCCAUCGUCUGUAACAUUGGACACUUUGACUGUGAGAUCGACAUGAACUGGCUCAAAGAAAAUGCUGCAGAGAAAGUCAACAUUAAGCCUCAGGUCGACCGCUUUCGUUUGAAAAACGGUCGUCACAUCAUCGUCCUGGCCGAGGGCCGACUUGUCAACCUGGGCUGUGCCAUGGGACACCCAUCCUUCGUCAUGAGCAACUCCUUCACCAAUCAGGUUCUGGCUCAGAUCGAGUUGUGGACAAACACCGCCAAAUACCCCCUUGGAGUCUACUUCUUGCCCAAGAAGCUGGAUGAGCAGGUGGCAGCGGCCCACCUGGAUAAGCUGGGGGUGAAGCUGACCAAGCUGUCGGACAAGCAGGCCAAGUACCUGGGUCUACCCACCGAAGGGCCCUUCAAACCGGACCACUAUCGCUACUGAGUGUCCCUGUCCAGCUGCGGAGGAGGUGGUGUGGCUAGAACUGUGUUGGUGUUUAGGUGUAGCAGGGUUUGGCGGUUGGGAACAGUUUGGGAUUGCACAGGUAGCACUCUGGGUGCCUUUUGGACUUUCAAAUGUCCAACAGACAUUUUUUUUGUGGUUGGCUGUUCCCCUUAAAUGGGCUUCCAUAUCAAAUGUUAAAGAAAUGUAUUUCAUGAGUUGCAUCCUGUGUUCGACCCAAGUGAUUAGACGUGGCUGAAGUUUGGAACCAACACCUUGUUGUGAUUUACUCGGGUGAGAUCAAACUGUCUGCCAAUCAGCUGUGUUAAAUCAUUUCGGGUUGGAGCAAGACUAUUGAGCUUAAAUUACUACCCCACACAACUGCGUUGACCCAAAGCUUCUGUCAGUAGCUUGAUGUGGGCGUUUAUGGACAUUAGAAGGCUGUUUGCACAGACGCUCAAAUCAGAGCAACAUCCAACCCUGUGUUUCAACCUAAAACUUUUAUCUCAUCACCAUCUCAUUUUACACUUAUCACACACACAGUCUUCAGUCCUCCAUCGUCCCUCCUCUUUCUUUCUCAUUAAUACUCUGAACUACCAAGUGCUAUUGUGGCUGUUUUUAAAGAAAACAAGAAUACCGCUUGUUUGUCAUUCCCUCCCCAUUUAUGGAAUCAAAUAAUCCCUGAUCCGUGUCUGCCUGAGCUCUGCUCUCGUCGCGGCGGAAGGUGACGGAACCAGUUCUUUCGCUUUUUUUUUUUUUUUUUUAAUAAGUCAAAGAAAACGGUUUAGUGUACAGCUGCUUAAUUGCGGUACAUUCAGAUUAAAACUGACUUGUGUUAGCACUUACAAAUAGAAACUGAGAAUAUGCUCAUGGAAGUGCUUGUUGGUUGGUAGAGUAAAGCGAGGCAUGUCUGCCAAAGGAACUACCAAAGCAAAAAGUCUUAAUCUUUGUUGCCUAAUUUUCUUAUUUUCAUUUAUUUAAUUUGACUUGAUGGGCCAAAAUGUGCAACUCCCACCCCCUCCCCAGUUCUCAUUUCUCACUGUAGCCAAUCAGGUUGACAAAGCGGUGGAUAGUUUUCAACGGUUGCAGCCUGAAAUGCAGAGUUGAACUGCUUGUAAACAGUCUAUUCAAACUGUCAAGUGUUAAACAAUGGAAAAAUAAACCUGUUGACUCUG